AUGACUUUAGGAGGACCGAGUCGGGUUCCGACUAGUGGGGCGGAGCUGGGGGCAGGGCCAAAGACCUGGGAGGAGAUGGGGGCUAUGCGUCCUCCUUUGCCUCGGGAGUCACAACCCAAACAUAAGACUUCGUAUUUCUCCCCGUUUUCCUGCCCUCUGAGCCUGUGCAAGAAGCAGUCAGAAAUAGUUUUAGAGGGACGGAAGAGCCAACCUGCAAGCAGGGAGAGUGAAGCCAGAUCUAAGCGUGCGUCGGUUCUGAAGGCUAGGGCCCCUGAAUCGCAGGCCUCGAAGGCUUCAGUUGCCCAUCCACGAAAGGCAAGCGACCAGAAGUCUCUAGAGAAGAGUUUAGAGAGCCGCAGUCGAGUUAGGAAGUCGCCGGGGCGGAGUGGCUCCAUUCUGAAAAGGAGGCUUCAGACCUUGGAGGCGGCGAGGUCAAGGGCGGGGCCAAAGUUGGAAUUCAAAAGAAGCGAGGAAUCAAAAGGGAGGCCAGAAAAAGACGUGUCUGCACCGCAACCUGAGACUGGAGCAGAGUUCAAGAAGAAGCCAUAUCCCCGGCAAACCAAACCUGUUCCGCAGCCCAAGCUUAUAGAGUCUCUGGAUCUGUCUCUCCCUAAAUCGAAGACUUUAGGGAGCAAAGAUAAUGAAAUUCCGGAUCUGUCGACAGUGGUGAACCAGGCAAGAUUGGAAGAAAAGUUGCGCUUGAGCCUAUCGGCCAAGUCGCGCUUGAGCCUAUCGGCCAAGUCGCGCUUGAGCCUAUCGGCCAAGUCGCGCUUGAGCCUAUCGGCCAGGUCGCACUUGGGCCCAUGGGCUAAGUCCUGGAUCGAGAGUCCAAAGUCCUCGGAAGAUGAGAGUGGGGAGGAUGACAGCGAUGGCAUCCUAAGCUCCAAGGUCGCUGCUGUCACUGCCACAAGCAAGAAAUGCUUGGGUAAAGGAGAGUAUUGCGUCCUCUGUACUGGGCCCAAGCUCCCAGGCAAGGUCAAGAGUUCUGAGCAUGCCAGCCCUGGGCAGGUACAGGAUAGGGUGCCGCCUGUAGGGAUAUACAUGGACACUUGCUGGUUGCCCAGAAGCUUCAGGAAGGAGGAACUGAUGAGGAGCCAGUUUCCUCGUGGAUUUACUUCUUUGGCCUCCACCCCUACUAGUCCUGUAUACAAUAUCCAGCACUUUUGGGAUCGACACUUGAGUACCCUGGGCAGGUUUACUCAGAGUCCCAAAAUUACAUUACAGAAUCUGCCUCAUACUGUAGCCUUCUUAACAAGCAGCAAAAGGCUACAGCAGUUGUUAAAGGCACAGGAAGAGUUGGAGAAAAAGAUGCAGAGAGAACUGACCACAAAGGCACAGGUAGAGCAAGAAAUGAUUAAACUGAAUGGGGAACUGAACCGAACACGAGCCCAAAGGAAGCAGCUCAUAGAAGAUCAUUACCAUAUACAAAACGAAAUCAAACCAUUUUUAAGUGACAACAGUAUGCUGAUGGGAUAUCUUCCUGACCCAACCAAGAAAACACAAGUAGCACCAAUUAAGGUAUGGGAUCAACACACACAGCAGCAGGAUCAGAUCAAACUCGAACAGCAGCAGCUGAUCUCCAGGUAUGAGUCCAAUAUGUUAAAUCUACAGGAGGAGCUACUGCAACAGGAGGUGCUCCAAGCCCAGCUGAAAAAGAAGAUUCAAGGAUUAAAUGCUAGGAAAAUAGUUCAGCUGACCCAAGAGGAGCAGAUCAAAUCGCUGCAAAUGUUAGAACCCCUAGUCCAGAAGGAGGCAGAAGAACAGCUUCGUAGGGCACAAGGCUCUCUCAUUGCAGAGUGGAAAGCACUGAAGCAUCAACUGUGUGAUAUACAGCUAUUGUUGGAGAAAAGUAAGACUGGGAAGUAUAACCAUAUCCUGGAGCAGGCAGCAGAUAAAUCUAUUGUGAAUUUUGCCCGCCACCUGCAAGGUGAGAGUGAACAUUUGCAUAAGGAAAUAAAUCAACUCAUUCGAGAAGCCCAGGAGGUAGAGGCCCAGCGGAUUAGGCUUAGAAGGCAGAAGCAGCAGCUACAACUUGAGGAGUGUUGCCUGGAGAGCCUUAAACGAGGGAGGAAGCUUAAACUAACUCGAGCUAAUCCCUAUCAGAAAGGACAAAUCAGUCCAAAGACCAUACUGGCCCCUCUCCGAAGUACCAAACCAAGGUUGAAUCCAUCCUAAAUGGAGAAAAUAUUUAUUAUAUCCCACCUAUACAAAUGUUUUGAGAUAGUGUAGAAAGCAACUUUUGGAAGAAAAAAAGAAAUAUAAAAUAACAGGCUAUCAAAUAACAAUGAUGAAACACAACAGUGGCAAAAGACCAUACUGAAAAAAACUUUUUGUUGUAAAACUUUUGCUGAGUGACUUAAUAGCUUAUUGAAAUUAUUAGGGGAAGAAGUUAAAGAUACUUAGGCCUUCCUCUACAGUACUAUUUAAUAAUUCCUGGAGUUACCUGUAAUUCCCUCACUCACUUCAUCCUGAUGACAAACAGCAUCUUCCUGAAAUCUUGCAGUACAGGCUUUCCUGGCUAUUUACCAAACAUUCUCUACAGUGGCUCAGAAGGAGCACAAGUCAAGCUAUGGGUUGUUCAUGUUUUCUUUUGGCCUCAUUAUCUUUCUUUAAAUGAUAAAUUUCUUUCUUUGAUGGCAACCAUUUAUGUUGACUCUAGAAUGCUAGUGUAGACAUUCCAAAAUCUCAGGUUAGCAAAUCCAUGUAGGUCCCCACUUAUUUCUCAUUUUUGUUGACUUGGUCUUUUCACCCAUUAGAAGUACAAGACUUACUCAAAAUGCUGUUGGCAAACCCAAAACUUGAUGGUGUGGGAAUGGAUUGUUAUACUUGUGUGCCAAAGACCUAGCAAUUACCUUUUGGCCCUUGGUUUGUCUUAGUGUUCCAAUGAAGCAUGAACUACUCUUGAAACAUGUCAAUUGAAGGACAAGAAAGUGACCUAAUAGAAUUCCCUAUUUUCUGGUAGCAUUGUUUUGAUUUGAUACUGAGUAGCUUAUGUUUAAUUUUUAAUUUAAAUGAGAUGGUAGGUGAAAAGAUGUAAAGAUUGACCUUUUUUUUAAACAAAGCUUUGCAAUGGCAGAAAUAUCAUUGUAGCAUUCUAGCCAAUUAAAUGAUUAGGAUACCUAUACUAAUGGGGCAUUUGAGAGAAAAAGCUGCUUCAGUUCAGGUUUCCUUGGAUAACUUUCGAAAGGGAAAAGCAGCAGCAUCCAAAUCAUCCUUGAUUCCAAACUUCUGAAUUACCAGAUUAUUUUAUUAUAUAUUUUAGUUCAAAAUUAUAUUUUUAUAUAUGUACAUUUGUAGUGUAUAGUAAAACAUCUAAAAAUGUUUUAGAAUACUUCCCUUUUUUAGGACGAUAAGCAUAGCUUUAUUUCAGAUUACUGUGGUUUUAUAGUAGUUAUCUUUGCUCAAAACAUUUUUAGUCAUAAGAAUGUUACAUGUAAUGGCUUGCUCAGGACCAGAACCUUCAAUUGUAACAUUAUGCAAAGAAGAAAACUAAUAUUCAGAUGCAAUUCUUAUUGAAUAAAUUGUUCAAACAUU